ACAAGAUGAUUCAUCCCACCGCACUGUUACGAACCGACAUCGAUGAAGAUUCACCGCAGUACACGUUCUGUGCACCGGCCGACGCCGCCAGGUCCACCGACCAGGUGGACUGCGGCCUGAAGAUGUUUCCCAGCUGGGAAAAACGGCUGGAAAAGUUCGCGACGCCCGGUAUUUUUGUGACGGUGCUCUCGAUCGUCGCCUUCCUGCAAGGCAUCGCGUGCCAUUACUUCAGGAGCACGUCGGAAAUUUGGGGGAGGCAUUACAAUAUUGAUGCAAACAUUUUAGCUCAUUUAAUCUACUUGAACGACGUACUGGUUGGAGUGUUUGCCUUAGCUGUAGCUUAUUGGGGCAACAGAAUUCACAGACCUGGCUGGAUUGGAGUAAUUGCAAUUUUCCUAUCAGUAUCUGGACUGAUAAUAUCAAUACCAGAAAUAUAUAGUCCUUUCACGUCGGAUGAUGUCAGCGACGUUAUAGAGCCAGAACUAUGCAAAGCAUCCAUGUUAAAACAAGUGAAAAAGCAGAAGGAAUUUCAUUUGAUAGCAUUCAUUGUUAUCAUAGUUUACCAGAUGAAUUUUGCUAUGUCUUCGAUAUCGCUUUUGUCUCAUGGUGUCACUUACAUAGACGACAACGUUUCCAGAAACCAUAGCCCUGGAUAUAUAGGUUGUGCCUUGGCUUGCUUCGAGAUAGGAAAACAAGUCGGAACAUAUUUGUCUUGGAUACCUGUAGCACUGAAUGAAACUAGUUACCACAGUAUUUUUAUGUCACCCGUUUGGCUUACAAUAUUGACAUUAAAUUUUAUAUUUGGGUUCCUACUGGUGUUAUUCCCAAGGGUGCUACCGAAUUUGCUCAUUGCUAAGUUGUCGGCUUCGAUGGCCAGCCUUGACACCGUAGACGACAGUGAAUUCAUUGUCAUAUCCAAGGAUGGAUUCUUCACAACACUAAAGAGGUUACUAACAAAUAAAAUUUUGCUGCUAAACAUCUUAAUCAUACUUAUAUUGCAAUCAGUUCUUCUAAACUUCGAGAUAUUUGAAGACUUCUUCAACCAAACCAGAUACUUAUUCCCCCUGAAAAACGACUCCACAGGCUUCAGUGACCCUUCAAUGAUUCAAUACACCACAAAUUUACUGAAACAACCGUUUAUAUUUUUUACUUUGUUACUGACAGGAGUUUUAUUGGCCAAAUUGAAACCAAAAGUUAAACAUUUACUGGUGUGCAAUAUUGUAAUUUUGGCACUGUGUUUGGCAACUUUCGCCGCCACCAAAAUGCAAAAAUGCAACAACACCUUGCACAAUGAACUUCCUAAUGAGCUCGCCUUGUCAACUUGCAACGUAAAAUGUAACUGUUCAAAAAAUGAAGCCUUUAAUCCCGUGUGCCUUGAAGGAAGAACAUAUUUCUCACCUUGCAGAGCCGGAUGCGACAGUUACAACGACAAUAACACCAAUUUUAUGUUGUAUCAAAAUUGUCGAUGUGGUCGCCAGACAACCAUCGCCGAAGAAGGCCCCUGUACGGACACAUACUGCAGGUUCAUAUUUGCUUUGUCUCAAGUGAACAACGUGGUUUCUGCAGCCCUUUUAUCAACUGUCACGUUGAGCAACCUACUUGUGACGUUACGAUGUGUCAAACCCCAGGAUAAAGCCACAGCUAUUGGCUUACAAGGAACGUUGUUUGGGCUUAUUCCAAACAUACCUGUACGGGUUGCUUACUUUUGUAUUGUUGACAUUUUCUGUAAGUUCAGAAACACUGACACUAACGAGUGCAAGUUUUACAAGCCUGAAUUGGGAACAUUUUUGUUUGGUGUGACCUUGGGAGGGAUGGGACUUGCUUUAGUUUUAUUGAUAACAUUACUAUUUUGUAUUGGUAACUUGGAGCUUUACACAAAGAAACGAAAGUCUAAAUACGAUGAUAAUGAUGGAUACCAGCAACGACAAGAGAUGCAAGACAUGACUCAAUCUGGAUCACUUUUGGCAAUUAAUCAUAGGUCAGAAAGGGAGUCCGCUGGCUCCUCAGAGUCUUUAAGACACUUAGCAGACAACAUAGGUGAUGAUUCCGGCAGCAUAACAGAAACCGACUUCUGAUUGUUGGUUUCUUAAGUUUUGAAGCUCUCUAAAAGUUUGUACAUAAAUAUUAUUUUUUGUACGUCUAGGUUAGGUAACAAGACAACGUAAAUUAAUAAAUAUGAUCUGUUUUAUUAGCUUAAAGAUAUAUGACAAAGUAAUAUAUGUAUUUAAACUUGUAUAUAAUUUAUUAUCUAAUAAAAAUGUGUAUAACACAUUUACUCAAA